AUGGCUGAAGACGCGAAACUGAAGAAGAACCAUAUGGCGAUAGUCUUGGGCAUCGGACUUGGAGUGGUGCUGCUUAUCGCACUUAGUUUGAUUCUGACAAUACUCAUCAACCGCCGGGACAGGCAGUCAUUCUUGAGAUCAAGGAAAAAUCCUACUGAGCGGUUGCGCAAGUUGGACAAGGUCUCGCCAACUUGUACCCUCGAGAAGUGGUGGGCGACCACGAAGGGGAAUCUCGGACUGUCCGAGGCCGUCGAUGGACAGUUCGUUUGCGCCGUUUGUUUGGAGCAGGUAGACCGCACGCAGGAGAUCCGCGACCUGCGGUGCUUGCACGUUUUUCACCGGGAAUGCCUGGAGAAGUGGUUCUUGGGUGACCAUUUCAAUUGCCCGCUGUGUCAUCGCGCAUACUAUGUGGCAGACACACCUCCCCGCACAGAUUAUCUGUGGAUGGUAUGA